AUGCCUAUAAUACAACGACUUCUAGCUACUCCUAUUUCUACGCUUUUACCAGUUCAGACAUAUCUAGAUAAAAACAACUGCGAUAAUAAUGAACUCACUAAUAUUAGAGAUGAAGAAUCGUCUAAUAAAAGUAAUGAAUCGUUAGAGGUUCAAGAAGGUGAUAUAAUAUCUGAAGAAUCAUCUAAUGAAACUGAUGAUCUAGUUGAAUCGUUGGAUGUUCAAGACGGUAGCAUAAUGUCUGAAGAAUCGUCUAAUGAAACUGAUGGUCUAGUUGAAUCGUUGGAUGUUCAAGAUGGUAGCAUAAUGUCUGAAGAAUCGUCUAAUAAAACUGAUGAUUUAGUUGAAUUAUUGGCUGUUCAAGAAGGUAGUAUGAUGUCUGAAGAAUCGUCUAAUGAAAUCGAUGAUCUAGUUGAAUCGUUGGAUAUUCAAGAGGACAAUACGAUAUUUGAAGAAUCAUCUAACAAAAGUGAUGAUUUAAGCAAAUCAUUGGAAGUUGAAGAAAAUGAACAUACCGAAUUUGGUAAGCAUGUAAAAAUAUUCUACGAUUAUCGUUAUUGGAAUUUAUUAUAA